CGCUCGUUUCGGCCACCCCGACGUACAGCACCGUCUUCACUCCUUGAACUCGCCAUGCAGUCCAUUCUCCUACGGUGUCGGCGCCGUCUCGUGCUUCUCACUAUCCUCGCCAGUUUGACCGCAGGAGUAUCCAGCAUAGUCGCGGACACGACGAAAACGCCGCUGACCGUUCUCUCGACAGAGAUAGAGCAAUGUGCUCCAGUUGUCCAGCUCGGUGAACUCAAGCAAGAGCUCGAGGCCGCGCAGUCGCCCAUCAUGCGACAGGUCUUUGCAUGGCUGUUUCCUUUCGGACCGGGAUGGAACUCGGCGCGCUCACAACUGCCGGCGCGGCGCCUCCGCCUCUCGUUCACAAUUGACAGCGUACCUAAUUUUAUUCUCGCGUUCAUCCCGGCGCAAAUCAACACCAACACGCUCAACACGAUGACGGCCUUCGCAACCGGGGGCCUCCUCUCAGACGUGUUUCUGCACCUCGUGCCGCACUCAUUCAUGGGCGAGCACCAGGGCGGCGGUGUGCACUUCGUCAUGGUCGAGGAGAAACGCAACAUCCUAAUCGGGCUAGGCAUAUUUGUCGGCUUCGCGUCCUUCUUCCUCAUGGAAAAGACCCUGCGCGUCCUUGGCAGCGAAGACGGCCAUGCCGGGCACUCGCACAGUCAUUCGCACGGCGAGACGGCCGAAGAUGAGGGUAAGGCGUCUGGCGCUGCGAAGAACAGCGCUGCGAACGAGCUGCGCGCACGCAGUUCGAAGAAGGGCGACGCUGCGCCGUCGGAGCCGGAAAAGGCAGGGAAGCAGCCGUCCAAGCUUUCCGCGUAUCUGAAUCUGUUUGGGGACUUCGUGCACAACAUGAUGGCGGCGUCGUUCUAUUCCUCGCCUCUGAUCGGCGCGACGACGACGCUCGCUUGCUUCGCGCACGAGAUCCCGCACGAGAUCGCCGACUACUCGAUCCUCGUCAGGAGCGGAUUCACGAAGAAGCAGGCGAUGCAGUCCCAGUUCUUGACUGCCGUCGGGGCGACGUUUAUGGGGAUCGGAAUCCACAACCUCUCAGCAUCGGACGCGGUCGAGAGCGGGGCGUCUGACCUCGCCGCGGCGGUGCGGCAGGCAGCCGCUGGGAUCCUGGGCACGACGGUGCAGCUGGCCGAUCUGGUGAUACCGUUUGUCGCUGGCGGGUUUAUGUACAUUGGCGCUGUGGCGGUCCUGCCAACACUACUAGAGGAGAGUUCAAGCGGCAAGCAGGCGCUUCGCGAGUUUGCAGCAAUGGCGUUCGGCGUGGCGUGCAUGUUCAUGGUCGCGUACAUGGAACGAGUAGAAGGCGCGUGCGAGCUUCGAUCUUCGAAACGCUGCUCCGAGCAUCCGCCUGUGCAGCCGUUGGUAGACGUAGACGGAGGGUACCCCGGGUUGUGGGCGAGCAGAGGUCGCCGUAGUGUAUGUUGGACGGGUGGUAUUUAUACGGAGAUCUUCGCGCGUCUGAGAUGAGUAGUAUAUUGCUAUCGAGAUUGCGAAGCACGGUGGAUCUUCGCUGCUGUGA